AUGCGAUACAGAUACCCUAACUUUCUCGGUUUUGAAACGCUUUCGAAUGUUACCGAGCUCAUUGCCGACGCGGAGCCUCCAGCGUUCCUUGUUCUGUCAAUUGCAGAUGUCUCCCAUAAGACAGAGAACACCAACUCCAGUCAGAUCCACCGUCGCGAAGGGGCGGAAUGCCGCUGUCUCCCUCUUCCGGCGGCAGGUGGAUUCGCCAACGCCAUUGGAGUUCGACGAGAUACCGAUUCAGCUCCUAUUCCGAACGGAAAAUGA